CUUAUGGGUGUGGUACCAUAAGUUCCUUCCUCGUCUCUUCAAUAGAGUAGUGCAGAUGUGUUCUAUCAGCCCACACAGGGGAUGGCCUUUCACACAGCAUCACUACCAACAGUAUCUCUGCACAUGUGGGUUGUGAGACAGCAGAGCUCCAGUGGAGAGAGUGUGUUAGCCUGAGUGAGCCCUGAGCCUACUGCAGGAGUUCUACACGCAUCCAAGUCUUGCCUUAUCCAGUCCAAUCCAGCCAUUUUCUGACACGCCAAGCCCAGCCGAAACCAGCACAGCCCAAUCAAGCUCUUCAUAACCCAGCCAUGGAUUCCAUGUCCUCCCUGAGCUCCUCAACCUCCUGCCCCUACCUGUACCUCUGGAGUAGCAACAUCACCAACAACAGCAGUAGAAGCAGUAUUAGCAACAAUGUGAUCCUGGAGCACUACAACCACACAGGGCGCCUGCAGCACCGCGGGCCCCGCCAAGGUGGCCUGAGCUUGGGCGCGUCCCUCUCCAUCUUCAUCAGCAUCCUCAUCAUCCUGGAGAACCUGCUGGUCCUGGUGGCCGUGCUCUCCAGGAUCCGCAAGAGCCACCGCUGGGUCUACGUGUGCAUCGCCAACAUCACCCUCAGUGACUUGCUGGCUGGGGCGGCCUACGUGGUCAACAUCUGCAUGUCUGGCAGCCAUACGUUCAGACUGAGCCCAGCUCUGUGGCUGUUCAGGGAAGGGGUGAUGUUUGUGACCUUGGCUGCCUCUAUCUUCAGCCUGCUGCUGAUAGCAGUGGAGCGCUACACCGCUAUGAUGAAGCCGCUGCACCAGAAGUCAGCCAGGAAGACAUGUCGUAUCUACGGCCUGGUGGCGCUGUGCUGGAUCCUGGCCUUCGCCAUCGGCUUCCUCCCCCUGCUGGGAUGGAACUGCGUGUGCAGCCUGGAGAGCUGCUCCACCCUGCUGCCGCUCUACUCCAAGAGCUACAUCUUCUUCUCUCUGCUCAUCUUCUCCCUCAUCCUGCUGGCCAUCGGUGUGCUCUACGGCGCCAUCUACUGCCACGUGCGCAGCAGCGCCAAGGUGGGAUCCCAGCGCAGCCGCAAGCGAUCCCUGGGGCUCCUGAAGACGGUAAUCUCCAUCGUGGGUGUGUUCAUCAUGUGCUGGGGCCCUCUGUUCGCCCUGCUGCUGCUGGACUUUUUCUGUGUGUCGCGGCAGUGUGCGCCCCUCUUCAGUGCCGACUGGGUCAUUGCUCUGGCUGUGCUCAACUCUGCUCUGAACCCUGUCAUCUACGCCCUGGGUAGCACAGAGCUGAGGAAGGCCAUCGCAGGGCUGCUGUGCUGCUGCUGCCUCAGGGCAGGCCUCUGUCACCCUGAUGCCUUCGUGUCCAAGGAGACCAGCAGCACGGGGAGCACCAGGCAUAGUAGCCUGAGGAACAGUUUCAAUAAGGUCAGGAGUUUCAGUAUCAGCCCCCCGCCUGCACCCAAGGCCCCCAAGAAGAGCCGCCUCAGCUCCACCACCAGCUGCCUGUCUGUGUCGAGCGGUUAGACCACAAAGGGCUGCCUGGGGCAGACGUAGAUGCGAAAGAGAGCUCUCUUUGUGUGUGUGUGUGUGUGUGUGUGUGUGUGUGUGUGUGUGUGUGUGUGUGUGUGUGUGUGUGUGUGUGUGUGUGUGUGUGUGUGUGUGUGUGUGUGUGUGUGUGUGUGUGUGUGUGUGUGUGUGUGUGUGUGUGUGUGUGGGUCUGUGUGCGGGUGUUGGAAUUUAGAGAAAGCCCACUAGCACAAGGCUAGCAUUUUUCAAAACAGGGUAGUAGAAAAUGUAUCUCAUUGGCACAACCAUGAUACAACUAUGAAGAUACAGCCUUGAUGCAGCCUUGAUACCACCAUGAUACAACUAUGAAGAUACAGCCUUGAUGCAGCCUUGAUACCACCAUGAUACAACUAUGAAGAUACAGUCUUGAUGCAGCCUUGAUGCAGCCUUGAUACCACCAUGAUAUAACUAUGAAGAUACAGCCUUGAUACAACCAUGAUGCAGCCAUGAUACAGCCAUGAUAUAACUUUAAAGAUACAGCCUUGAUACAACCAUGAUACAGCCUUGAUACAGCCUAGAUACAGCAUUGAUACAACUAUGAAGAUACAGCCUUGAUACAAACAUGAUACAGCCUUGAUACAGCCUAGAUACAGCCUUGAUACAACUAUGAAGAUACAGCCUUGAUACAAACAUGAUACAGCCUUGAUACAGCCUAGAUACAGCCUUGAUACAACUAUGAAGAUACAGCCUUGAUACAGCCAUAAUACAACCAUGAUACAGCUUUGAUACAGACUAACGGUUUUCUCUGUUAUUAGUUUUGUUCAUUUUUUUGCCUUGUCAUCAGAUCAGGACGUGGCACAUACUGAUAAAGUUUAUUUUAUGUUAUGCAUUACAAAAAAAACUUUAAAGAGUUGUUCAAGAUUUCUUAUAAAAGAAGCAUUAUAGAAGCUUUAUUUUGUUUCACUGUUUGAGCCUCGAAACAGAUUACCUGUUUCUGUCAUUGAGGUCUAUAUGCUGUGUGCACUUUUUCAGUGCUUUACUAGAACUGAGAUUUUGUUUUUAGAUCUUUUUGAGAAUACAAUAAGAUUUAUACAUAGAUACAAAGACAUACACUACAUUACCAAAAGUAUGUGGACACCUACUAGCAAUGCCGACGCUUGGCAUUGCGCGUGGUGAUCUUAGGCUUUUGUGCAGCUGCUCGGCCAUGGAAACCCAUUUCAUGAAGCUCCCGAUAAACAGUUAUUGUGCUGACAUUGCUUUCAGAGGCAGUUUGGAACUCGUAGUGAGGUAUUGCAACCAAGGACAGACGAUUUUUAAACGCUACGCGCUUCAACACUCGGCGGUCCUAUUCUGUGGACUUGUGUGGCCUACCACUUAGCUGCUGAGCCGUUGUUGCUCUUAGAUAUUUCCACUUCACAAUAACAGCUCUUAUAGUUGACCGGGGCAGCUCUAGCAGGGUAGAAAUUUGGUGAACUGACUUGUUGGAAAGGUGGCAUCCUAUGACGGUGCCACUUUGAAAGUCACUGAGCUCUUCAGUAAGGCCAUGCUACUGUCAAUGUUUGUCUAGGGAGAUUGCAUGGCUGUUGUGCUUGAUUUUAUACACCUGUCAGGAACGGGUGUGGCUGAAAUAGCCAAAUCCACUCAUUUGAAGGCGUGUCCACAUACUUUUGUAUAUAUAGUGUAUGUAUUGUACAAAACUGUAGAGUUUUAUUCAUUUUUUUGAUGGUCACAGUACAUUUUAUGUAUAAAUAAAUGUUUUUAAAUCAUGUAA